AAUGUACAAAGAUAAAACUUCAAAUCUGAUGCUUUUACUUUGAAGGAUCCUAGACCGGAAGUUGUUGCUCCAGGUGACAGCUUCCGGUUUGGCGGGUGAAACAAAUGGACGCUUUCUCGGCUGUGGAACGUCACGUGAAGUGAAACUCCUUUAAUGAUGUUCAAACUAGAGAAGACAGUCGUUGACCGGAAGCGUCCCCCGCCGGUUAAGGUGCUGUCCGGGCAGCUAAGGGCGGCGGGGCUCCGGGGCGCCGCUGACAGCGAGGAGGGAUUUGUCAUCAGAGCGGACAGGGCUCGCUCUCUGCGGGUGUCACUGGUGUGGAUGCAGGGGACCGUCCUGGAUGUGCAGCUGGACCGAGACACCGUGCUGCUGAUGGAUGAGACCGGAACGUUUACAGUCCAGGGCGUCAACAGCACCCCCAGAGGAAAACAGUGUUUGUGUCAAGGCAAAUACGUCAUGGUGAUGGGUGUAGUCCAGGCAGUCUCCCCGGAACCAGUCAUCCGUGCUGUGAAGAUGGCAGAUCUCUCCGACUUUGCUGCCCUUCAUAGGAGGAUGUGGAAGCUGGAGGUGGAGGAGCUGCAGCAGAUGCUGGCAUGAAUGCACAGCUGCUGCCAGCAGUAAAUAAAGCUACCUCUGAAGACAGGACACCUAAUGUUCCUCAUGUUCAGCCAGGGUCUCAGAUGGCUCACAAAAGAGGCAAAGACUCAUGUUUGAUUCACUCUUCUUUGCGAUACCUCCACAUACUUUUAUUAAAGUUUUGAAAACAC